AUGUGGGGUGAGCAGAGUGAAAAAUCCGCCCCCUUCGUGUGGAAAAAGAAACUCGAAAAGCAGGGAUUAAAAGACAUCUCACGACGCGAGCUAGAGGCACUGAAUCGCAAAACACAGCUAGAGAAUGUUAUCGAGUUGGAAAAGAUUAAAAAGCGUCGCCUGGAACGUGAACAUCAGCAGCAACAGCGUGAAGAUGAUAUGUACCUUAUGCAGCGUUCGAAGGAAGCGGCCCAGUUUGAUGAGUGGCAGCGUCAGGAGGAAACGUUCCACCUGGAGCAGGCAAAGCUACGCAGCAAGAUCCGCAUACAGGAUGGGCGUGCUAAGCCGAUCGAUCUGCUCGCACAGUACAUCUCCGAGCAAAACCUGGAGGAAUCGAUCGAGAUGCAGAUGCACGAACCGUACACCUACCUGAACGGGUUGAGUUUGGACGAUUUGGAAGACUUGCUGGUUGACAUCAAAGUGUACAACGAGCUCGAGAAGGGAAAGAAUUUGGACUUUUGGACGGAUUUAACCAUCAUCGUUGAUGAUGAAAUUCACAAACUACGCAAGGUGGAAGCGGAAAAACAACGCAUUGCAACGGGACGGCGUGAAGGAAUUCAUCAGAGUGUAGCGAAGGAUGUGACACAGAUUUUCCGUGGCAAAACUGCACAACAGCUGGACGAGCUCAAGAAGAAAAUUGAGGACAAAAUCAAUAGCCAGCAGGAUGGGUUGGAUAUCGGGUAUUGGGAGAGUUUACUUUCCCAGCUCAAGGCACACAUGGCUCGGGCACGGCUUCGUGACCGUCAUCAGGAGAACCUUCGCAGCAAGCUAGAGCUGCUAAAGAAGGAGCAAGAAAUGCAAGUAAAGAAAGAAGAACUAUCAGACGAUGAAGCAGCGGGCCCAUCCGGAGUAAGUAGUAAAACCGGUGAACAGGCUGACGAAUCAUCUAUGGACAGUACAGCGGUUCAAUCUGAACCGGAAGCAGGACCAAGUAAACCCGCCGACAAUCACGAAUCGGACAUAUUGAACGAAUGUUUCGAGAUGUACAAAAAAGGUGGCUACGAACCAAAGUAUCUACAAUCGGCCGAUCUCGAACCCGGGAUCGAAAUCAUCACCGAAGAUAAGGACGAAGAAAUAUUGGACCUUUUGCGGCAGAAGGUGUUGGGUAUCAAUCAAGAUGAAGAACUUUACUCUCGGGAGGAGAUGUUACUGCGCAAGGAAGCACGCCGCGGUAUGGACAAUGAUGAAGCCGAAUUUUCCGUGGAAACGCGUGUCGACUCACAGGUGUACCUGUGGUCGGACAAAUAUCGACCACGAAAGCCGCGCUACUUCAAUCGCGUUCACACCGGGUUCGAGUGGAACAAGUACAACCAGACGCAUUACGAUAUGGACAAUCCACCGCCGAAGAUUGUACAGGGAUACAAGUUUAACAUCUUCUAUCCGGAUCUUAUUAACAAGCACACUACACCACAGUACUUCCUGACGCCUUGCUCGGAUAAUGGAGACUUUGCAACGUUACGGUUCCACGCGGGGCCACCGUAUGAAGAUAUUGCGUUUAAGAUCGUAAAUCGCGAGUGGGAAUUUAGCUACAAACGUGGGUUCCGUUGUCAGUUUCAGAACAAUAUUUUCCAGCUUUGGUUCCAUUUCAAGCGCUACCGGUACCGUCGUUAAGCUGGAAUAGCAUUUAAUAUUAUUCUAUUUUAACGGAAUGUAAUUGAAUUGAUUAA